AUGACUAAAUUUUGGUCACAUAUUGCGGCUCUUAUUUUAAUCAUUCAUGUUCUAUUUACCAAUGCCUUCAUAGAAAAUAUUCAAUAUUUUCAAAUUUUAAAGAGAGAUACUAAUACAACGAAUACUACGAGCGCAGUUACCACUAAUGAAACUUUAUUAUGCAAUGGUAGUGCUGAUCUUUGUGACUUACGAUAUAACCAAGUGACAUAUCCAGGAACUCACAAUAGUGCAUCAUACAAUCUUAAAUUCGAUUGUGUCACUUCAGCUAAAAGCUGUCUAGAAACAGUAACUCCUUGUGCAAAAGAAUAUACUCAAUGCAAUACAUACUAUAAAAUUCAUUGUGAAGCACAAACAUCAAUAUGCAAAAGAUGGAAUCCAAAUUACUUGCAUUGGACGUGUGAUAUAUUGGAUAAUGUGUGUAAAUCAACCAAUGCUUGGUGUAUAGUCUGGUUGAUUGGCUGCGCGGAAGCUUCAAAGCUUUGUAAUUCAUGGGCAAGUACUUGCCAAUCUGUCGUACCUGAUUGGAUGGUUGCAUGUUUGUGGGAAAAUAACGCUGGCUUUCCUGUGUUAAGACAGCUCAAUGAUGGAAUUCGUCUCUUGAAUUUUGAGAUGUGCCUUAAAAAUGAUAACAAGACUGUGGAAUUUUGCCAUGGCGAUGGAAUAUAUCUCGCGUCAGGUCUUGAACUUGAUCCAGUGUUUUCAGACAUUAAAGAUUUCAUGGACAAAAAUCCUUAUGAAAUAAUAUCUCUGGAGUUUGGACAUAUUAAUGAUCAAGGUUCAACAUAUUAUACAAUUUCACACGAAAUUCAGUCACACCUAGAAAAAUAUUUUGUAAAUUCCACUACCGGUCAUUCUCAAAUGAUUACACUUCCUCCAGCGAGUUCCACAAAUGAAACUGCAUGGCCAACUUUACGUCAAAUGAUUGAAAAUGAUCAAAGAAUUGUAAUAUGGUUCGCAGAAUUGUAUGAUAGUUUGGGGAAUGACGUGAAACCUUGGAUUCAUCGCUUAAAUAACUAUUAUAUGCCUUCAUUUUCAUACACGCCUGAUGUUUUUACUCCUCAACAAUUAAAUGCGAGUUUUACUCAACACUGUAAUAAUGCCACUGCUUUGAUGGCUGCCGAUAAGCAACUUUUAGGGUAUAAUAAAUGGGAAACUAUUGAUGAUACUGUUGGAUAUGUACCUACAGGAAUAGAAAUUGCAGUGCAUACUAAUACGAUACCCAAUAAUAUUUGUUUAAAAGAUCUAGCCGCAGAUGUAAAUUACGAUUUGUUGAUGUAUUUUGUUGACACUUGCAAAGGAAAAUUUCCUUAUUUUUUUAGGAUUAGAUUGGAUUAUUAUCCUCAAAGUUAUUUAUUUCAAGCAGUAAAUAAGAUGAAUGAAUAUAAUAUUUUAAGAGCUAAGAAUAAUACUAACUUUCCCAUAUUAUAG